GUAGUGUCCACCCGACGGGGCGAGGCACUGCCAGCGCGCUGCACCUGAGGCGCGCGCAGAGUCCCAGGCGAGGCUCGCGAGUGGAGUUGGUUCCUUGGCGGGCAUCGAGCAAUCUACCGAAGAGAGGCGGGCGGGCGGGCGGGCAAAAAAACAAGGAAAAAAGCCCCGUGGUACCCGAAGCCGCUCGAAGGGCUUAUUGGUUCGCGCCCCCGGCGGCCUCCCCUUCUUCAUUGGCGGACCGCUCCUCAGGUCCGUGCGAGGGGAGUGGGGGGAAAAGCUGGCCAGCCAUGGAGGCUCGUACCACAACUCGGCCGGCUAUGCUGACCCUGCUAUGGCUUCUGACUAGCCCUUGGCUCACAGAUCAUGUGGCUGCCUUACAAGUCACGAUGCUGAACCCCUUCAACGUGGUCAUCCUAUUUCAGCCUGUCACCCUGCAGUGCAACUACCAGACCACCUACACCCAGCCGCCCGUGGUCACCUGGAAGUACAAAUCUUACUGCCGCAGCCGCCUGACCGAUGCCUUCAGCCCCAACACCCAGGACAGCCAGAUCAACAACCAGCUGCAGCAAAGCAACCCGGGUUACAACCCCUACGUGGAGUGUCAGGACAGCGUCAGGACCGUGCGAGUUGUAGCUUCCAAGCAAGGCAAUUCUGUCACCCUUGGGGAUUUUUACCAGGGCCGACGCAUCACCAUCACCAAUGAUGCCGAUCUCAGCAUAGAGCAGACUGCCUGGGGGGACAGCGGAGUAUACUACUGCACCGUGACCUCCACGCAAGACCUGCAAGGCAACAACGAAGCCUACGCCGAGCUGAUUGUGUUGGGCAAAUCCUCCGAUGUCUCAGAGCUUUUGCCAGGCUUUCAGAUAGGGGAUAUGGAAGACUGGGUCUUUGUCAUUGUGGUGGUGCUGGGGUUCUUUCUGCUCAUCCUGCUCUUGGGGAUCUGCUGGUGCCAGUGCUGCCCUCACACGUGCUGCUGCUACGUCCGGUGCCCCUGCUGCCCGAAGAAGUGCUGCUGCCCUGAAGCUCUCUACGUUGCGGGAAAAGCUGCAACGGCUGGCGUCCCCAGCGUUUAUGCUCCCAGCAUGUACACAUCCAGUAAUCACCUGAAGGCAGGGAUUCAAGGUCCUAUGAUUUCCAUGGGUCCCGUAAACCCUGUGUACAAUGGCUAUGGAGUGGAUUAUGACAGGGCCAGCUCAGUGGGUGGGAACAGCUCUCAAGUGCCCCUCCUGCGAGAUACGGAUAGCGUUGCAAAUUCUGCUGUUCGCAGCGGCUACCGCAUCCAAGCAAACCAGCAAGAUGAUUCCAUGCGGGUGCUGUACUAUAUGGAGAAGGAGCUGGCUAACUUUGACCCCACUCGUCCAGGCCAGACUAACGGGAGGCUUGAGAAAGGCACUGUGAUGAGCGAGCUGAGUUCUCUGCAUGAGGACGACCGGCGCUACGACCUACAUCAAGGGCUGGGGCGGCUGAGGAGCCAGGCCAUGUCCCCCAUCAGUGACCUGGAGGAGGAAAGCCUGCGGGGUGGUGAGAACCGGCGGCUGCUGCCCCCCACUCACCGUGACCGCUACGACAACUCCCCGCCACAGGGCUACACCCGACGCCCACGCUCGCACUCAGUGGAUGACCUAGAAUUCGAACGGGACCCCUAUCCGGCCCAUCCCAGAAGCAGAGGGCGCCGAGGCUCAGAUGAAUGGCGCCGCCGUGACUACUCCCCAGACUCCCGCAAUGACUAUGAGCACUACAGCGGGCGGCGCAGCCGGAGCAGAGACGAUCUGCGGGACUUGGAGCCGUCCUAUUAUGACGACCGGCUCCUGGAGGAGGCAUUGCGCAGGAAGCAACGGGCCGCCAGCCGGGAGCAGCUGGAUCGAACGAGUCCUUCUAGCGGCAGGUCUGGUAACAGGAAGAACCGAGACGAUGAUAGCAACAACUUCCCGCCGCCUCCACCGCCUCCAUACACCGAGACGGAGUCUGUUUCUUCCCGUGGCAAGAAUGACCGCAAACUUAGAAGGAAUCAUGCUGUCAGCAGAGAGAGCCUGGUGGUUUAAACUUGGUACCGUUCCACGACGCAAGUGUCCAAGGUGAGCUGCAUACCGGCUCUAGCGACAGUCUCUGUUGGCAUCUGUUUUGUGCCAGACAACUCCGACACGGGGCAGAUGUGCUCCGCUGUUUCCAGCUGCCGAUCAGAUGGGUUGGCCGUCCCAACGCUCAAGGAACUGACUCCUGUGCCUUGUUUUAGCUUUGCCUCACUUUUGUGCUGAGAUUCUCAAGGAGUUUGGAGACAUAGUUGGCGCUGCAGGAGAAUUGUUGAAACCCUUUUGGUACUCCUUUUUAAAUUUCAGACCUAGAAUUUUUUAAUUUAAAUGGUCAGGUUUGGCAAAAGAACACUUGAAUACAGUCCUCCAGUACUGCAAAUAAUACGGCACAAUCAGGCCAGAAAACAACAGAUGGGAAUCGGUCUUUGUUUAUUUUCCUUACAAUUAUUCCAAAGGGCACCCACGCAGCUUCAUUGCCUCCCACAGCCCAAGUUGUAAAAUUGCUUCAGCACAUUUUUUUAUUAAAGACCUGUGGCUUUUUGUUCUGUGUUUACAAAACCAAAAUAUUGUUCUCCUUAGAAUUAACUUCUAGUGCUGUAAAUACCUCAAAAUGAUUAGUCGCCAAGUUGGGUUUUUCCCCGAAUUGUGUGUAUUUUUGAGAUUACGAUUUUGUAUAAAUGAAAAUAAAAUGAGUAAAUUGUAUUAA